AUGUUAAGAGAAGAAGAAAAAGACCAGGCAUCAUCACCUGGCAAAAAUUGGAGAACAUACUCAAGAUCCGUCUCAUGGUCUGAACGCCGAAAAUCCAGUUCGGGCCCGCAAUGGAACAGCAAAGCCCGUGCUUGCUUACCCCCACUCCAGCCUCUCUCCAUAAUCCGGCCCACCAUCGAGGACUGGCCCAAAGCUGGCUCGGACGACCUCGGGGUUUGGCCCAACCCCCUUACCCCUGGUGCAAAACCCCACUCAUCCACCCCCCGUGAAAACCCAGCUCCCGAUAGAGAAUUCGAGUGCAGAAAGGACAAGCUCGCCUUUUUCGACAAAGAAUGUUCUAGAAUCUUGAACCAUAUCUACUUAGGCAGUGAUGCCGUCGCGAAAAACCGCGAAACCCUCUUAAAAAACGGGAUAACCCACGUGCUGAACUGCGUUGGGUUCAGCUGCCCCGAGUAUUUCAAAAACGAGCUUGUGUACAAGACCCUUUGGCUGCAGGACUGCCCGUCCGAGGACAUCACGAGCAUUCUGUACGAUGUUUUUGAUUAUUUCGAGGAUGUCCGAGAACAGGGAGGACGCGUGUUCGUCCACUGUUGUCAUGGAGUUUCUCGCUCGACUUCGCUCGUCAUAGCUUAUCUCAUGUGGAGAGAAUGUAAGAGCUUCGACGAUGCGUUCGAGUUCGUGAAAACGGCUAGGGGAGUGACGAAUCCGAACGUGGGCUUCGCGUGCCAGCUGUUGCAGUGUCAGAAGCGGGUCCACGCUCAGCCCGCGAGCCCGAGUUCUCUACUCAAGAUGUACCGAAUGGCGCCCCAUUCUCCGUACGACCCGCUUCAUUUAGUCCCGAAAAUGUUGUCCGAGCCCGGGCCCGGGAAGCUCGACUCGCGUGGGGCUUUUAUAGUUCACGUGCCGUCUGGUGAGGAGACUUUCGAAUUUUGGGAAGCUUUCGGUUGUACAAAUGCUUUAACAGAAAAGGAUGUGUCCGCUAAUAAUAAGCGGAAACUCGACGAGUACGAUUUAGAUUUCGAUAUCUUCCAAAGGGCGCUUUCGGGAGGGGUCGUCCCGCCUUUUCCUUUAGCGGAGUUUGGGCCCGAGACGAGCCUUCCGGUUCGGGAGAACGGUUGGAACAGACUAAGAGCCAUCGCUAUUCGUAAGGAAAUUGAGGAAAAUGUUUCGAGUAGUCCAUGCUGGCGUGAUUCGCCAGAUUCAUUGGCCUCCUCGUAUGUGACAAGCAGAAGCAGUCCAUGCUGGCCGAAAAGUAACCUGACUCGUUCACAGUCAUUGAAUCUAGUCGAAUCUUUUUCUACCCUUUUGGUUAACAAGCCUCUGUCGAGCUCGACUUCACCAUCGGCUUCCCCUUCGACUUCAGACUAUUCGAGUUCUUUCACGGUUUCGCCCGCUUCCUCAGACUUAUCGUUCGUAUCCGCACAAUCUUCGCCUUACGUAACUGAAUCUAAAGAUGAUGAGGGAUCUUUGGAUGAAAGUAGUAUGUGCUUUGGUGGUAAUAUUGUGAAUUCUUCGCCUCCUCCGAAAGAAAAAGAUGCGUUUGCUUGCCGUGUUUCGAAAGCUGUCGGUUUGUGCUCAACUUUACCUUUGCUUGCUGAGCGUAGGGGGAUGAUCUUGCUGCCGUCUAUUGCUGAGGCGUGCCAAGUUUCGGAAAACUCGACGAGAUAUUCGGGUGAUGAUGAUGUGGCGAGUGGGCGCGAGUGCAUUAACUUUGUUUCCGAGGGGUCUUUUCGGAAAAAUGAGGAAGGGCGGCCCGUUGUGGAUGCAAAUUGCCGUGCGGUUGAUGAUGAAGGGUGUAACAUAUCAUCAUCUGGAGGUAUUACUCGGUUUUCAGUGAAGAUUAUCAAGAAAGGCGACAAACCGAGCUGCACGGAGAUCAAGCAUAAUGAGGUAGUUGGAUUAAUUUAAUUAAUUAAGGGUUUAAUGCAGGUUAGGCAGUGUAAUCUUAAUUUAUGAAUCUCAAAAUGGGUGUGGCUCAAAAUUUUGCUGCACUUUGGGACAUCCCAAAAGGCAGGGCAAAUGCAGCUUGUGUGUGUUCUGCUUGUGAGAUGUAAAAUGAUUAAGAAAAGGUCCCAUUUUAACUCUGAAACUGUAUGUACAAUUAUCAAUAAAUAUUUCUGUAUGUUCAAAUGAAGGAUUUGCAGGGAAUAUUUUAUGUUGCCCAUGUC